AUGGAAUCGAGGAGAAGGGGAUGGAAUCUGGGAGAAGGGGAUGGAAUCUGGGAGAAGGGAUGGAAUCUGGGAGAAGGGGAUGGAAUCUGGGAGAAGGGGAUGGAAUCAGGGAGAAGGGGAUGGAAUCUGGGAGAAGGGGGUGUUAUCUGGGAGAAGGGGGUGGAAUCUGGGAGAAGGGGAUGGAAUCUGGGAGAAGGGGAUGGAAUCUGGGAGAAGGGGAUGGAAUCUGGGAGAAGGGGAUGGAAUCUGGGAGAAGGGGAUGGAAUCUGGGAGAAGGGGAUGGAAUCUGGGAGAAGGGGAUGGAAUCUGGGAGAAGGGGAUGGAAUCUGGGAGAAGGGAUGGAAUCUGGGAGAAGGGGAUGGAAUCUGGGAGAAGGGGAUGGAAUCAGGGAGAAGGGGAUGGAAUCUGGGAGAAGGGGGUGGAAUCUGGGAGAAGGGGUGGAAUCUGGGAGAAGGGGAUGGAAUCUGGGAGAAGGGGAUGGAAUCUGGGAGAAGGGGAUGGAAUCUGGGAGAAGGGGAUGGAAUCUGGGAGAAGGGGAUGGAAUCUAGGAGAAGGGGAUGGAAUCUGGGAGAAGGGGGGGAUGGAAUCUGGGAGAAGGGGAUGGAAUCUGGGAGAAGGGGAUGGAAUCUGGGAGAAGGGGAUGGAAUCUGGGAGAAGGGAUGGAAUCUGGGAGAAGGGGAUGGAAUCUGGGAGAAGGGGAUGGAAUCUGGGAGAAGGGGAUGGAAUCUGGGAGAAGGGGGUAUUUUCUGGGAGAAGGGGGUGGAAUCUGGGAGAAGGGGAUGGAAUCUGGGAGAAGGGGAUGGAAUCUGGGAGAAGGGGAUGGAAUCUGGGAGAAGGGGAUGGAAUCUGGGAGAAGGGGAUGGAAUCUGGGAGAAGGGGAUGGAAUCUGGGAGAAGGGGAUGGAAUCUGGGAGAAGGGGAUGGAAUCUGGGAGAAGGGGAUGGAAUCUGGAAGAAGGGAUGGAAUCUGGGAGAAGGGGAUGGAAUCUGGGAGAAGGGGAUGGAAUCAGGGAGAAGGGGAUGGAAUCUGGGAGAAGGGGGUGGAAUCUGGGAGAAGGGGGUGGAAUCUGGGAGAAGGGGAUGGAAUCUGGAAGAAGGGGAUGGAAUCUGGGAGAAGGGGAUGGAAUCUGGGAGAAGGGGAUGGAAUCUGGGAGAAGGGGAUGGAAUCUGGGAGAAGGGGAUGGAAUCUGGGAGAAGGGGGUGGAAUCAGGGAGAAGGGGAUGAAAUCUAGGAGAAGGGGAUGGAAUCUGGGAGAAGGGGAUGGAAUAUGGGAGAAGGGGAUGGAAUCUGGGAGAAGGGGAUGGAAUCUGGGAGAAGGGGAUGGAAUCAGGGAGAAGGGGAUGGAAUCUGGGAGAAGGGGAUGGAAUCUGGGAGAAGGGGAUGGAAUCUGGGAGAAGGAGAUGGAAUAUGGGAGAAGGAGAUGGAAUCUGGGAGAAGGGGGUGGAAUCUGGGAGAAGGGGAUGGAAUAUGGGAGAAGGGGAUGGAAUCUGGGAGAAGGGGAUGGAAUCUGGGAGAAGGAGAAGGUGAUGAAAUCUGGGAGAAGGGGAUGGAAUAUGGGAGAAGGGGGUGGAAUCACGGAGAAGGGGAUGGAAUCUGGGAGAAGGGGGUGUUAUCUGGGAGAAGGGGGUGGAAUCUGGAAGAAGGGGAUGGAAUCUGGGAGAAGGGGAUGGAAUCAGGGAGAAGGGGAUGGAAUCUGGGAGAAGGGGAUGGAAUCUGGGAGAAGGGGAUGGAAUCUGGGAGAAGGGGAUGGAAUCAGGGAGAAGGGGAUGGAAUCUGGGAGAAGGGGGUGUUAUCUGGGAGAAGGGGGUGGAAUCUGGGAGAAGGGGAUGGAAUCUGGGAGAAGGGGAUGGAAUCUGGGAGAAGGGGAUGAAAUCUGGGAGAAGGGGAUGGAAUCUGGGAGAAGGGGAUGGAAUCUGGGAGAAGGGGAUGGAAUCUGGGAGAAGGGGAUGGAAUCUGGGAGAAGGGGAUGGAAUCUGGGAGAAGGGGAUGGAAUCUGGGAGAAGGAGAUGGAAUAUGGGAGAAGGAGAUGGAAUCUGGGAGAAGGGGGUGGAAUCUGGGAGAAGGGGAUGGAAUAUGGGAGAAGGGGAUGGAAUCUGGGAGAAGGGGAUGGAAUCUGGGAGAAGGGGAUGGAAUCUGGGAGAAGGGGAUGGAAUCUGGGAGAAGGGGAUGGAAUCUGGGAGAAGGAGAUGGAAUAUGGGAGAAGGAGAUGGAAUCUGGGAGAAGGGGGUGGAAUCUGGGAGAAGGGGAUGGAAUAUGGGAGAAGGGGAUGGAAUCUGGGAGAAGGGGAUGGAAUCUGGGAGAAGGGUAUGGAAUCAGGGAGAAGGGGAUGGAAUCUGGGAGAAGGGGAUGGAAUCUGGGAGAAGGGGAUGGGAUCUGGGAGAAAGGGAUGGAAUAUGGGAGAAGGGGAUGGAAUAUGGGAGAAGGGGAUGGAAUCUGGGAGAAGGGGAUGA